GGAGUUGGCGUAAUAGUAGGAGCAGCUACCAACAAAGUGCUCGAUUUAAACAUCAUGAACAAAGAUUGCAGAAAAUGCAAAAACAAAAACGUAAAAAAACACAAAUGCCAAAGAAACCAUGCUGGUUCUUCCAAAAGCAUGGAAGCUGCUGCCGCAGUUACCAUGUUUAAGAGGUCGGAGGAAAAGGGACUCAGAUACACCACCCUUAUAGGAGAUGAUGACUCCACCACUCUUUUUCAUGUUCGGAAAAAUCUUAAGUACCAAAUAACAAAGUGGAGUGACAUACAACACACAAAAAGGUCCCUUUAUGGCCAACUGCUGAAUUUGAAAAAAAAAAACAACCAAUGUACUGACAUGGUUGUUGCAUAUUUCAAAAGGCUUUUCACACAUGCACUCUAUCAGAAUAAGGACAAACCAGAGCAACUUGGAUCAACAUUUAGAUCAAUACCUAUGCAUGCAUUUGGUGAUCAUAUCCAAUGUGGAAAUUGGUGCAAAUACAGCAUACACCCUACCACAUACAGACACACUGGUCUCCCAAGGGGAAAACCGUUAACGGACAACCUACUGAAAGACAAACUGACUUCCUUGUUUGACGUCUAUGCAAAUAAUGCAGACAGAUUAUCUCCUUUAGCUUCAAGCCAAAAAAAUGAUUCAAUCAAUUCUGUAAUUGCCAAAAAAGCCCCAAAAAGCAUGCAUUUUGGUGGAUCUAGAUCCCUCAACUAUAGAGUGUCUGCAGCAGUAAGCCAAAUCAACAAUGGCCGUAAAUAUACAACAGAAGUCUUACAAAGACUAAAUGUAACUAUUGGUUCGAACACAGCUAAAUAUGUAUGCCAUAUAGACAGGAAAAGAAAACUUGAUGCAGCCAGGAAAACAACCAUUCCUUUUAAAAGGAAAAGAUCUAUUUUAAAAUCUGACAGGUGCUGCAAACAAUUGACAAAUGAAGUUAGAGAAGGCCCGACAUACCAAACUUCUAUCAUCAUGAACAACAACAACACAGAAGAAGACCAAAUAGAGGAACUUCCAAUUGCAGAAAUCAGACCAGAAUUGGAAUCAUUCAGAACACAAAACGAUAGCUCCAUCAUAAUAUUUGAUUUGGAAACUACAGGAUUAGGCAAGCACUUAGAUCUUUUGAUUUUAUAUUUUAGGACAGGGAUGAUAACUGAUUAUAUAUCUAAACAUGAAAAUGAUGUCAAAUUUGUUCUACACUCAGAUGAUACAUGUAAAAAGCUACAAAAAGACAUACAUAUAUGUAAUACAAUUCAAACAAAAAUGCAAAUUGAUACAGAAUACAAAUAA